UCCCUUUCUCUCUCUCUCUCUCUCUCUCAGUUAAAUAGCGAGGGUGGAAAAAAGAGAGGACAGGGGAAGGAACGGGACGAUCCAAAAGAACGAACGAAGCUCAUCCAGGUUUAUACCGGUAACACGCACAAUGGCAAUUACAAUCGGGCCAAUUUAUUCGCGUUAUCGGAAAUUUAUCUGUCGUAACGACGACCAACGGCUGGCUUCGCGCUUCUCGCGUCCCGUGAAUUAACUUUAUCGCUGGUACGAGUCGGGUUCGAAGCGUAUGUACACCGCGUGAGCUCGGCAACCGAUUAUUGCACCACUACUACUACUACUACUACUACUACUACUACUACUACUACUACUACUACUACUACUACUACCACUAUUGCGACUAGUAGUAGUUGGACUAGUAGGGACAUCAUCAACACCAUCGCAAUCGACGUUGGACGACACCUGCACGUUGCUCAUAGGACAAUCAUCAUCGUGUUGUAUUAUCUUUCACAAGAUCGAGCUAUACGAUAAGACCGCCAAAAUAGCAUAUUCGGCACCGAAGAGUUUGGUUUCACUUGCCGAGGGUAUGCCGAAUGAAAAGACGUUCCCGUUCACCGAAAUAUCCGUCAAACUUUACGAUGGUUCGUCUUUUAAACUCGAGGAAAGCGAAUUGGGAAAGGCUCUUCAAUAUAUACCUACUCAAGGUUACCCUCCGUUAUUGCAGACCCUGAGGGAAUUCCAAAGGAGGGUGCACGUACCACCCCUAUGGGAAAGUCGCGACAUAGUAAUCGUCGCUGGUGCUCAGGAUGGUUUAAGUAAGACAUUGGAAUCUAUCAUCGAUAUCGGUGAUCCGAUUCUCGUUCAUGAUCCUUUUUAUCCUGGAGUCGAAGUCGUGGUGAUGCCACAUCAAGCAGAGUUUAUAUCGAUUCCUCAAGAUGAUUUUGGUAUAAUACCGGAAGUAAUGGAAGAAAUUUUAAGAGAGAGACAAAUUUCUGGGAAAAAAAUGCCAAAAAUAAUGUACGUCAACGCGACAGGUGCUAAUCCGACAGGUGUAAUUAUACCAUUUGAGAGAAGAAAAGAAAUCUACAGGUUGGCAUGCGAAUACGAUUUUCUUAUUCUUGACGAUGAUCCUUACUGCUUCCUAAGUUAUAAUGAUGAAAUACCCCCAUCAUUUUUAUCGCUUGAUACGGAAGGACGUGUUAUCAGAGUGGAUUCCUUUUCUAAAGUUAUUAGCAGUGGCAUGAGAAUUGGUUUUAUCACUGCCCCAGCGCCACUUUUAGCUAGUAUUGAACUUCACUUGCAAAGCAGUCACCUGCAUGCACCUUCCUUAUCACAGGUCAUACUAUACAAACUUUUCAAGAUAUGGGGAUUCGAUGGUUUGAUGAGUCAUAUGAAACGUAUCAGACAUUUCUACAAGGAACGCAGAGAUGUGAUAGUGUCUUUGGCUAGAAAACAUUUGAAUGGAUUAGCUGACUUUACCAUACCAAGCAGUGGAUUUUUUUUAUGGAUUAAAGUAAGUGGUAUCAAUGAUACAUGGCAAAUGUUAAUGCAACGAGGUAUUGCUGAAGGAGUUAUCAUGGCACCUGGUGCAUCUUUCACAAUAGAUCCAACCGCGCCUUGUAAUGCCAUACGAGCAUCUUUUUCCAAAGCUUCUUACGAAGAAAUGAACUUGGCCAUGGAAAGGUUGGCAUCUUUAAUAAGAGCGGAAUUGGCUGAAAAUAAUUUGUAUUUGCAGAAUUUAAAUUCAUGACAAUGAUAUAAGAACAAAAGUUCUUAUCGAAUGAAUUCAUUCUUUUUACAUGAUAUUUAUGAAUUCGUCACGUAUAGUCGCGUGAAUUUAUAUGAUUCAUUUGCGACAUAUGAAGAUUUCAUUCUCUUUAUCUAAUUGGAACAAGGAAGGAAAUCGAUUGACGAAAUGGGAAAAUAUAUUUAUCGAUCGUAAGUUAUUUCUUACGGUCAGUCGGUAAAAAAGGGAGCUGCUUGUCUUGGGGAUUUAUCAAUGAGUUCGCUUGCCGAUUGAAUUGACCUCGAAGAGGAAAGCCUAAUAAAAGGACGACAUCUAUACAAUAGCGCGAAGAUAUUAUUGAAAUAAUUAUUUUCAAACAACAAUUACACAGAAUAUCGGCUUGAUCCAUUGGAAAUAUAUGGGUUUCCAAAUAA